AUGCAUUCAGCAGGGGAGAGUACCAUACGUCAUGGCGAUGUAAAAUCUGCAAAUAUUCUUCUUGAUGAACAUUUCAACCCAAAAGUUUCCGACUUUGGUACCUCAAAGCUGCUCGCAAAAGGAAAAGACGAGGAGACUGAUCGUGUUAUUGGGGACAUGAGUUACAUAGACCCAAUAUAUAUGGAGAAGGGGAUCGUUACACAGAAGAGUGAUGUCUAUCGCUUCGGAAUUGUUCUGAUAGAGCUCAUCACAAGGAGGCCUGCAACAUAUGAUGUCAAGAGGAGCUAUGUUGCAAACUUUGUUCAGUCUUGUGCAGAAAAAAGAGCAAGGAACUUUAUUGAUAACGAUAUUACAAGUGAGGAUGAUAUCAGUAUGUUGGAAAUGGUUAGUGGGGUUGCUGCAGAUUGUCUAAAAAUGAAUCCAGAAGAGCGGCAAGAUAUGAAGCAAGUAGAACACCGGCUCCUCCAAAUUGCUGGACAACCUACAUCAUGGUCAGAAGAGACGCUAGCAGGGAGAUCUUAGUCCUGGCCCGGAUGCUGUUGCUUUGCUCGGCCAAUAUUUUGUAUUUAUCAUCUGGUUAAUGCGGUUUCAUUGUUUUGAUAAAUUUUCUGAAUUUUAUUUGCCAGGGCAUUGAGUAAUGUAGCACAUGUACGUUAUUCAGAUAUUUAAAGUAGAAAAACAUGUAUUGUACUCGUUAA